AUGUGGAAUCUUUCUCGCCCACCCGAUCCGCUCGCUGCUGAGCUACCAGCUAGCAGCGACGUGCCCAGCAACGGUCUUUGGGUGGACCCGGCUAUCAAUUGUCGCCUUAUGGAUAACCCAAUUGAUAACCGUCCAAGGGACAUGGUUCCCUCGACCGUCCCCAUCAGCAAACAUGACAUGGCCGGCCCAUUUUCGCAAUCGCCAUGUCUAGUUGCCGACAAGGAAGGAUCAACCAUAGAGGUCUAUGUAUUGUCGGGACUUUCCCGACCGACUUACCAUAUAUGGACCCAUCAGCAACCGCAAUUGCCAACCCGGGAUAUUUACAGGUCUCGGUCGAUUGCGCUCAUGCGCCCCUCCACUGCCGAAAAUCCCUCUAGCCUGUCUAAUGACGUGGAAUGUCUGUUAGACGCCAGGACCAUUGCCCUUCAAGCUCGGUUUGCUCAGCUAAUAGAUGCACCAUUCCACAACAAGUAUUUGCACAAGCUCGAAUCCGACGAGCCUGUUACGUGGCUAAACCUGCAUCAUGAGAGGAGACUGCGGCACACCUUUGCCAAUUACAAGAGCUACCAAGAGUGCUCCUUGUGUUGCCGCACCAAAUCCCGGCAGCAUCAAGGAGCUCAAAGCCCAACUUGUUUGGGGAAUCAACAGGGUGAUCUGUUCUCUCUUGAGAUGGUUGAAUGGGCGAGUCUUGAACUAGGCACGGUAGUGCCUUUUUCUGGGUCUAACGUCGAACAUUGCGACGUUUCAGUUCAUUUGAUUAGACCCAGCCUUCCUGACUCUGAUUGCAGCCUACAAGAUAUGCAAGACCCCAGAAAGAGUUCAGCACAUGCAACGUUAGCAAAGACACGGUCGCGCAGCCUCUGGGAACAAGAAGUCGCAAAGAUCAUGGGCCGUUGGCUAUCGAACGCCUUUCCACAACGUUUUCUACGCGCAGCAGAGCCUCCGUACUACCAGUGUUACCCUCGUCUCUCAGACCCGCCUAUAGAGACACACGCCUUCUUCCAAAGGACGGUAACAACGACUACAACAAAUACUAUCUAA